GGGAAGUUAAACGCUAAAAGAGUCGAUGAUGAAGAGACAAUGCGUCACAACAAACGUAAUAAACUUAAGGUUCCAGAUCAGGUCAAAGGUUGGUUGGAAGAUGUUCAAGUGGUCAAUGCAAAAGUGGAAAGCCUUCAAGAAAUAAGUGUUGGCAGUUGUUUCAGUUUCAAGACUAGGCAUGGUGUUGGAAAAAGAGCUUUCGGGCUUAUUCAAGAAAUUAAACACCUAAAAGAAGAACACACUCAAAUUGUGUGGACUAAUCAUCCGAUUCCUCUUGGCAAAGUUGAUUCCAUGAAGGCAUCCACCUCUGCCCCACCAGUUGAUUAUCAAAGUGACUUUGAGUCCAGAGAGGACACUUUUGUGAAAGCAUUGAAAGCACUAGAAGCAGACCACAAAUCACACGUGAUAGCUUUGUGGGGGAUGGGCGGAGUUGGGAAGACCACCAUGAUGGAGAAGCUGAAAACAGUUGUGACAGAGAAGAGAAUGUUUAGUCUUAUUGUGCCGGUGGCGAUAGGGGAAUUCCCUCAUAAACACCUCCCCUAUAACCAUGUUAACAAUGAGAAAAAGCUCCUUGCUAUCCAGGAUGCGGUAGCUGAUUACCUCGCAAUAAAUCUAAAAGAGAUAACAACUAUAUCCGCAAAAGCUGAUAAGCUGCGUGGAUGGUUCGAAAACUAUUCUGAAGGAGGUAAGAACAAGAUCCUAGUGAUACUUGAUGACAUAUGGCAGUUCAUCGAUUUGAAAGAUAUUGGUUUAAGUCCUUUUCCGGAUCAAGGUGUCGACUUUAAAGUCUUGUUGACAUCACGAAGCAGAGAAGUUUGCAUAAAUAUGGGAGUUGAAACUAAUUCAAUCUUCAAUGUGAAAGUCUUGUCAAAUGCAGAAGCACAUACUUUCUUCUGGCAAUUUGUAAAUGAUUCAACCGAAGCUGAUUUGGAUCCCGGUCUUCGUAUGCUUGGAGAUGUUAUUGUAGGUAGAUGCGGGGGUUUGCCCAUGGCGAUUAAGACCGUCGCAAAAGCUCUUAUAGGUAAAAGCACGGCUAUGUGGGAUGAUACACGUACUCGGUUACAACACCAUGACAUAGGCAAAACCCUGAAUGAAAUUUUUAAAGUCAGCUACAACAAUCUAGAAGACGAGGAGACUAAAUCAGUUUUUGUGCUUUGUGUUUUAUAUCCUGAAGACUUUGAUAUUCCUACAGAGGAGUUGGUGAGGUACGGAUGGGGUUUGAAACUGUUUAACAAAGUGUACACUAUAAGACAGGCAAGAAACAGGUUGUAUGUUUGCAUUGAGCAACUUGUUAAUGCAAACCUGUUGAUCGAAAGUAAUGGUGCUGGGAGCAUCAAGAUGCAUGAUCUCGUGCGUGCUUUUGUUUUGGAAAUGUAUUCUAAAGCUGAGCAUGGUUUUGCAUGGAAAAUAAUUUCAUUAGAAUGCAAGGGCAUGAAAGAGUUUCCAAGAGACCUCACAUUUCAUAACCCGUCAUUUUUGAAACUAAUGCAUGCAGAUGGGCCGAUAAGGUUUCCAGAAAACUUCUAUCGGUUAAUGGAAAAGCUUCAGGUUAUUGUGUACGAAAAAAUGCAGUAUCCAUUGCUUCCCGGAUCAUUAGAUUACUCCAUCAACCUUCGAACACUUUGUCUCCAAGGGUGUUCAUUGUCGUUUGAUAGUCAUUCUAUUGGAAGUCUUUCAAAUCUAGAAGUGCUUAGUUUUGCUAAUUGUGAAAUUAAGGAAUUACCAUCCACAGUCGGAAAUUUGAUAAAGCUAAAACUACUAGAUUUGACAGGUUGUGUUAAUCUUCAGUUUGACGACGGUGUCUUAAAAAAUUUGGUCAAGCUUGAAGAGCUUUAUAUGAGGGUUGGUGAUAGAAGAGUCAUUAGCUUCAUAGAUGGAAAUUUCAAUGAAUUUGCUGAGCGUUCAAAAAACCUUUCCACAUUAGAAUUUCAGUUCUUUGGAAGCAAUGUGCUCCCGAAAAGAAUCUCGUUUAUCAAUCUCGAAAGAUUCAAGAUUUCUGUAGGUUUCCUUUUGAGAGAGAAAUAUGAAAUGACUACAUCAUGCGAAAACACAUUGAUGUUGGUCUCCAAUAAGGGUGAACUUUUGGAAUCUGGAAUUAAUAUGUUGUUUGAGAAAACAGUUGUGCUUCAUUUGCAAGUGGACGACAUGGAUGUUCUUGAAGAUUUUAAAUGCUCUUCGUUCCACGGGUUAAGAGUCCUUAACGUUUCUAAGUGUGCACAGCUGAGGUACCUUUUCACACGUCGUGUUGCUUCAUCUUUGUCAAGGCUUGAGCAUCUUGAAGUCAGGUUAUGCAAUACUCUGCAAACGCUCAUAUAUGACAAUGAUGGUGGAUCAGAAACAAUAAGAUUUCCGAGCUUAAAGUUUCUAUCUUUACGUGACUUACCAAAGCUAGUGGGCUUGUGCAAUACUAGCAGUGUAAUUGAGUUGGCUCAGCUCACAGACAUAACCUUAAUUGAUUGUGGAAGCAUUAAGUAUUUGUUUUCAUCCCAAACGUUCAAAUUUCUCAGGCAUGUUAAAAUAAAUCGGUGUGAAGUUAUAGAAGAAAUUGUUUCAAAUAAAGAUGACGAAUAUGAAGAAAUGGCUACAUCUACAUCCACCCACAAAAAUGUCACAUUUUUCCCAAUACUCGAGACGCUCCAACUUCGUGAGCUAAAGAGUCUACAACAUAUUGGUGGUGGCAGCUGCAAUUCCAUCUCUAAUCAAUUUCAGGUAGCAAAGAUUGAUUUACAAUAUGAUUAA